GCUGUUUUACUGGUGAACCCUACAUUUUGGGGGGAAUUAUAGCAAUAAAUUGACAUCCUGAAUAACAUAAAGUAAAACUGUAUUUUAAGCUCACGUCGUGGUAUAAAUGAGUAUAUUAAAAAUGUACAAUUUGUAACAUGCACACUUCAUUUGGACACUGAACAAUUGUUUUUCUGAACUGCUGAGAUUGAUGGAGUACAUUCAGAAUAUCUGCUUUUAAAAAUUGUUUCAAUAAACUUGUCUGUCAAGGAGCUGUUGCAGUGCAACUUGUUAAGUUUUAUUCCUUUAAGUUGUAAAGGAAAAAAUACGCAUGCUAACUAUUUUUGUCAUCUCAAACUUUUGCUUUUUUUCUAAUAUAGCAUAUACAAAGCUGCAUUUAAGUUUUGAAGGUGUAUAAGUGCAGUUUCACUAGGUGUGCACUACUAACGGGGCUCCAAACCUUGAGACUGCUUUAAAUGCUGUCGUUAAAAAUGGAGGCAUUUUGCUCCAGUUCGGAUAAUGAUAGAAUAAGGAAGAGGUGAAGAAAAUAUCUUCCUUCUAAUCUUGUUAUAAAUUACAGCUACAGAAAAUCUUCUUUCUUUUUUUUUUCAAGGUAGGUUGUAGUCAUUUUCUUAAUUGAUUGCUUAGAAGACCAGCAGUCAUACUGCACUUAGCCCAUCUUCUCAUACAUUGCUGCUGUGUGACUGUGAUGUUUAAGCUGAUGCACAUUGCAGGAAUUUCUCCUUUUCACCCUUAUAUGUCAUAUUUGGAGAGCAGUGCACAGAAAUUUGCAAGGAAUUCUUAUAAGUGAUGAGUAAUGUAUUUGGGGCAACCUUUCCAUGUAUGAAUGGCUAGAAUUGCAUUGGUACUUAAAGACUUUAUGUAAAUACUGAUAUGCAAUUUCAUUUAUAAACAAAAUAACCACUUCCAUCUCUGCCCUUCUUCAGCCAUUUCUCUCAUGCAUUCACCCAAAUUAAAUGCUCGUAACAAAGCAGUUGCAUUUCAUGAAAUGGUCUUCAAAAAUGUUAUACAUCUGCUUGGUUGAGUGGACUGCUUUAAAAUUAAGCAGUUCAGCAUACCUGCUUUGAAAUUACUUCUUCCAUGGUUGGCUGUGUUAUCUUAGCAUUCGCCAUCAAAAUCAGUACACAUAAUAUGUUCAGACAUGGAAGAUGAUAAAAUCCCAUGUGACAUGACAAUCUUAGUUCUACUCAAAACUCUACAGGGUUUUUUGAGAUCUAGUAACCUCUUCAGUAGUUAGCAUUGUCUAGAAACUGAAAAGAUGUAUAACAUUGCAUGUAAAAUUUGGGGGCAUUCUGAACAUUCUGAAUUGUGAUGCACAAGAUAAUGUUACAGGAUGGUUACAGUUAUUUUAUUGCAUUACUACUUUAUGAUACAAUUAUUUUUGUAGGAUUGUAGGUAUUACAUAAUUACCUUUUCCCUAAAAGUAAUCACUAGCAAAGAUAAAAAACCUUGUCCUUUGCUAUUAUGGCCAACAAAUUGAAAAGCCAGUAUUUAAAACGGAAAAGUUUGAAGAAAAUUUGUACAUGUAUAUGGAGCCGUGUGGGUUCCUCUUUCUCUUCUUUUCAGUUGCCUCUCACUUUCUGCAAAAGUUUGCUAUCUGUUGUUCUGCUUUUAGUUCUAAGUUAUUCUACGAAAAACAUAUAUUAAAAGGAACACUAAAUAUGCAUACACAUAUAUAGAUAUAGGGAAGAGAGGAUGUGCACCUGCAGUUUUUAUGUGGUAUAGUGCUUUGGUUUAGUGGCUUCAUGAGCUAUGUUUCAGCUGGCUGCACUCUCCUUUUAUGAGUAACAGAGCUAAAAAGCAAUCCCCCAAAUUUGUUAGUUGCCUCAGUGAAAAUUAAACGUUCCUGCAAAAGUCUGGUGUGUUCAGAAAAGGGAAUUGUGAGGAGGCUUCGGAAAUGAUUGCUGCAAGAAGGACAGUUGAGGUUUUCUGGGAAACUCAAUAGAAUGGAUCAGAGAUAAGUGUUUUUCCCUUGCAUGUCAUACUCCAAACUAAAUUUUUGAUAGCCUUGCCAUGCAAUUAUUGGUUGGAUUUAUCUGCGGAAUGAAAUAUUAUUUCUUGUUCAAGAGCACUUAAUUUUUGUAUGUAGUUAAAAAUCUUGCUAUACAUAUUCAGAAAUGGAUGAAUGGAAAUAAAACAGAGAUAAACACAUUUAAUAAUCCAAGAGCCUACCAUUUAAAUCCUGCCCCAAAGGAUGACUUAAGUUGUUUUUUUUUUCAUGUGUGGACUGUCCCAUUGACUUCACUUUUGUGCUUUAUGUGCAUAUUUAAAUGUUUUCAUAGCAUAGAUGUAUCUCCAAGACUCAGUGUGAUAUUGUUCAUACAUAUGUAAACCCAUAUUUUCAUAGCCUAAAUUUCAACAAAGCUCUUGAGUAUUGUCUUAUUUUCUGUGUUAAGAUUUAAGUGAUACUUUGCCAGGUACCUCUGGCACUUGCUCAUGUUCAUGCAGUCGCUGACUGCCCAGCCCUCCCAUUUGUCAAGGUCUCUCUGUAAGGCCUCUCUACCCCUAAGAGAGUGAACAUCUCCUCCCUGUUCAGCCUUGUCCAAAAACUUAACCAGUAUACCUUCAAUUUCUACACGCACCCAAGUUGUUUAUUAAAAUACUGAAGCAGCCAUAAAAUGGAAGCCUGUGAAAUCCCACCAGUGACUGGCCAUUAUUCUGACAGAACCCCACUCAUUAUAACCCUUUGAGCCUGGCCCAUCAGCUAGGUGUUCACCCAUCACAUGAUAUUUUUGCCUAGCCGUACGCUGGACAUUUUGUCCAGGAGUGUACUGGGCUUUGCAGAAGGCUAAAAUAUUACAUCUUCUGGCUUCCCAUGGUCAGCUAGCUGGGUAACCUUGUCCCAUGAGGAAAUUAAAUCAGUUAAACGGGACUUUAUGAAUUCCACUUCUCUUAAUAUAUGACGAAGCUCCCGAACCUGUUCUGUGGUCUCCUCUGCAGCUUGUAAUAGAACUCAGCACAGCUCAGCAGAGCUCCUGUGAGGCAGCACUCCUCCUCCACUUACAUGCUGGAUGGAAAUUUCCAAAGUGAUGUUUAAGGUCUGGAGGCGAAACUUUUGAAGCCUGUCAGGAAGCAGCAGGCUCGGCUCGAGCCGUGUCUCAGUGUACACCGACACGUGCCAUGCCCCCACCGCACUUUUCGUGCACAUCUUCCCGAGAGCGCCGCCGUUCAGGAGCCCGUCCCUACGGCAUUCCCGCCUGCUGUAAUGAAUAAGGAGCCGGCAGUGGAACCGAUCGUCUUUCAAAGAAAAGAAUGCUAAGGGAAAGCGAAGGGAGAACUUCAUGGCGUGAGGGGAGGGAGGUACUAUUUGCCUUAAGGGCUCGGGUCCCGCCCGACGGCCCCGCACGCGCCCUGACAGGCAAGCCCCCCUCAUCGCCCCUACGGCGGUGGCAGCGUAACGGCCGCCCCCGCGUCGUCGCCGCCGCCUCACGCCUUUCCCUGACUUCCGGUGGCGGGAGGCGCAAUGCGGAAGGGACGGCGGGGCCGGAGCGGAAGUGAGGUUGCCGCCGGCUCCCGCGGCAGGGAGCGGAGCGGGCGGCAGCUGGUGCGGCCGAUCCCUUUCUUAGGAAAGAAUGGAAGUCAGACCUGUUCAGCAGAAGGUAUCUGGAAGCACAGGAAGCUCUCACUAACAUCAUCUUGUGUUGGACAGGACUGCCACCGAUAAAGGCAAAAUGGCUUUCAGUAAAGGAUAUCGUGUCUAUCACAAGCUGGAUCCACUCCCGUUCAGCGUGAUAGUGGAAGCCAGAAACAGAGAGGAAUGUCUCAUGUUCGAAUCUGGAGCUGUGGCUGUCCUCUCAUCUGCAGAAAAAGAUACAAUCAAGAAUACCUACUCCAAAGUAAUGGAUGCAUAUGGGCUUCUGGGAGUAUUAAGAUUAAACCUGGGAGACACGUUGCUACAUUAUUUGGUUGUAGUAACAGGAUGCAUGUCUGUGGGAAAGAUUCAAGACUCUGAAGUCUUUCGAGUUACCUCCACUGAAUUCGUAUCGUUACGAAUCGAAUCAACGGAUGAAGAUCGCAUUUCAGAAGUGCGCAAAGUUUUGAAUUCAGGCAACUUUUAUUUUGCAUGGUCUGCCACUGGUGUCAGCUUAGACCUUAGUCUCAAUGCUCACCGCAGCAUGCAAGAGCACACCACUGACAACAGGUUUUUCUGGAAUCAGUCACUGCAUUUACAUUUGAAGCACUAUGGAGUGAAUUGUGAUGACUGGUUGUUACGUCUCAUGUGUGGAGGAGUGGAGAUAAGGACGAUUUAUGCAGCUCACAAGCAGGCAAAGGCUUGUCUCAUUUCACGACUAAGCUGUGAGCGAGCUGGGACCAGGUUUAACGUCCGGGGAACUAACGAUGAUGGUCACGUUGCUAACUUUGUUGAAACAGAGCAGGUGAUAUAUUUAGAUGAUUCUGUGUCAUCUUUCAUCCAGAUUCGAGGGUCUGUUCCAUUGUUUUGGGAGCAGCCAGGCCUGCAGGUGGGAUCCCAUCGUGUCAGAAUGUCAAGGGGUUUUGAGGCCAAUGCACCAGCUUUUGACAGGCAUUUCCGAACUCUUAAAAAUUUAUAUGGCAAGCAAAUUAUUGUGAAUUUACUUGGGGCAAAAGAAGGGGAGCACAUGCUCAGCAAAGCUUUUCAGAGCCACUUAAAAGCAUCAGAACAUUCAGCUGAUAUAAAAAUGGUGAACUUUGACUAUCAUCAAAUGGUUAAAGGUGGAAAAGCAGAAAAACUACACAGUGUGCUUAAGCCUCAAGUCCAGAAAUUCUUAGAAUGUGGAUUUUUUUAUUUUGAUGGAAAGGAAGUUAAAAGAUCUCAAAGUGGUACUGUCAGAACAAACUGCUUGGACUGUCUGGAUAGAACAAACAGCGUGCAGGCUUUCUUUGGCUUAGAGAUGCUAACAAAACAACUGGAGGUGUUAGGAUUAGCUGAGAAGCCUCAGCUGGUUACUCGCUUUCAGGAAGUUUUCCGAUCCAUGUGGUCUGUGAAUGGAGAUUCUGUCAGUAAAAUUUAUGCUGGGACUGGAGCCCUUGAAGGAAAAGCUAAGGCUGGAAAGCUGAAGGAUGGUGCUCGUUCUGUGACCAGAACGAUUCAAAAUAACUUUUUUGAUAGCUCCAAGCAGGAGGCCAUUGAUGUUUUGUUAUUGGGAAAUACCCUAAAUAGUGAUUUAGCAGAUAAAGCACGGGCUCUCUUAACCACCAGCAGUUUACGCGCAUCUGUGAAAGUGCUGAAGAGUAUGUGUGAGAACUUUUAUAAGUAUGCAAAACCGAAGAAAGUUCGAGUCUGCGUUGGGACGUGGAAUGUCAAUGGGGGGAAGCAGUUCCGAAGUAUUGCCUUUAAAAAUCAGACCCUCACUGACUGGCUUCUAGAUGCACCAAGCAUAGCUGGUAUUCAUGAAUUCCAAGAUCGAAGAAGCAAACCUGUAGACAUAUUUGCCAUUGGAUUUGAAGAAAUGGUGGAGUUAAAUGCAGGAAACAUUGUGAAUGCAAGCACAACCAAUCAGAAGCUCUGGGCUGCAGAACUUCAGAAGACCAUAUCAAGAGAUUACAAGUAUGUGCUGCUGGCUUCCGAGCAGUUAGUGGGCGUCUGCCUCUUUGUGUUCAUCAGGCCCCAGCAUGCUCCCUUUAUCAGAGACGUUGCUGUUGAUACUGUAAAGACUGGCAUGGGAGGAGCCACUGGUAAUAAAGGUGCAGUAGCAAUUCGGAUGCUGUUUCAUACAUCCAGUCUUUGCUUUGUCUGCAGCCAUUUUGCUGCAGGGCAAUCACAAGUUAAAGAAAGAAAUGAAGACUUCAUAGAAAUAGCUCGCAAGCUCAGUUUUCCAAUGGGAAGGAUGCUUUUUUCCCAUGACUACAUCUUCUGGUGUGGUGACUUUAAUUAUCGAAUAGAUAUUCCUAAUGAGGAGGUUAAGGAACUAAUCCGACAACAAAACUGGGAUUCCCUUAUAGCAGGAGACCAGCUUAUCAAUCAGAAAAAUUCUGGACAGAUUUUUAGGGGAUUUUUGGAGGGGAAAAUAAAUUUUGCUCCUACGUACAAAUACGAUCUGUUUUCUGAUGACUACGACACCAGUGAAAAGUGUCGCACGCCAGCGUGGACAGAUCGUAUUCUUUGGAGAAGAAGAAAAUGGCCCUUUGACCGAUCAGCUGAAGACCUGGAUCUUCUGAAUGCUAGCUUUCAUGAUAACAGUAAAGUCCCUUAUACGUGGAAUCCUGGUACUUUGUUGCACUACGGAAGAGCAGAGUUGAAGACAUCUGAUCAUAGGCCUGUGGUGGCGUUGAUUGACAUUGACAUAUUUGAAAUUGAAGCAGAAGAGAGACAGAAGGUUUAUAAAGAGGUGAUUGCAACACAGGGCCCACCUGAUGGCACAGUAAUGGUCUCCAUCAAAAGUUCUUCAGCAGAAGAAAGCUACUUUGAUGAUAACUUGAUUGAUGAUCUUCUUCAAAAAUUUGCAAGCUAUGGAGAAGUUAUACUUAUAAGGUUCGUGGCAGACAAGAUGUGGGUAACAUUUUUGGAAGGAAGCUCUGCUUUGAAUGUUAUGAAUUUGAAUGGUACUGAGAUACUAGGAAGGAUUAUAAACAUAAGUUUAAAAAAUCCGGACUGGAUCAGAAGUUUGGAGGAUGAAAUGAAUCUAGAGAAGAUUAAUGUUGGGCUGCCUUCAUCAACAAGUUCCACCUUGCUUUGUGAAGACGCUGAGGUUACUGCAGACUAUGAUAUGGAAGGUGACAUUGAUGACUAUAGUGCUGAAGUAGAAGAAAUCCUUCCUCAGCACCUGCAGCCGACCUUAAGCUCUGGCCUUGGAACCUCCCCAAGCUCCUCACCACAUUCCAGUCCCUGUCAGUCUCCUACACUGUCAGAUGGACCCACAAUCCCAGUGAGACCAAGCCGAGCCCCAGCAAAAACUCCUGGACCACCAGUUUCCGCACACAAUGAAACUCAACUUGGUACCCAGCAGAAAGACACUUCUCAGACCUUGGAGCCCAGGCGCCCUCCACCACCUCGCCCUGUUGCUCCUCCUGCACGUCCUGCUCCACCACAGAGGCCACCUCCACCAUCAGGUCUUGGAGCUCCUCCCAGUCCUGGGGUAGCUAAGAGAGAAGUAGAAGUUCGUAGUCAGCCUCCACCUUCAACUGGAUUUUCAAGUGCAGGAACUGGUGGAUAUGCUGCUGCUCGACCGACUAUUCCACCUCGAGCUGGAGUUAUUAGUGCACCACAAAGCCAUGUCCGCCCAUCUGGUGGAAGACCAACACCUGAACCUCAAACCAAACCAGCUGAACCACCAAGGAGUUCCCCAUUGCUUCCUGAACCACUAAAGCCUCAGGCUGCUCCUGCCCAACCCGUGACUCAGCCACCACCUGCGCUAAAGAUGCAAGAGCCUUUGAUACCCAUGGCAUCACAUCCACCUCAGACAAGUGCCCCACCAAGUCUGGAACCACCCCCACAACCACCUCCUCGUAGCCGAUCAUCCCACACUUUGCCUUCUGAACCUGCUCCUUCACAGCAGCAAAUUAAAGCAAAUGGAACCUAUGGCACUAAACUUGAAACACAAUUAAAUAGCGACCCUUUUGAAGAUUUGUCAUUUCAGCUGCUUGUGUCAAAGAUGCAGACAUCUGCUCGAACAUCAGCUGUUCCAACCUUAAACCAAAAGGAAUCGUUGCAGUUGCCUUCCGCAACACAAAGAAAUGAUAUUUUGAAUACUGUAAGUUGCAUGCCAGCAAUGCCUCCUGCUCCAACCCUUAACAUAUCCCAGGAACACACGCGCAGCUCUCCAAAUCCAUUUGUCACUGGACUGAACCGCACAAAUCCAUUCACUGAAAGAACGCUUACUGCUGGAAACCCAUUUAGAACAGAAUCUCAAGAAUCUAAAAUAACUUCACAUUUACAGGAAGGACAUGCUGCUUUCAAUUCUUUCCCUUCUCUAAAUCCCCCCAGUUCUAAUACGAGCAAGCCUGUAUUUUAUGUUGAUGCACCUGAAAACAGUUUUUGCUUGCGAAGUAGAUCUCUCAUGGUAAAAAAUGUACAGCCAAAAGGAUGGGUAACGUUUGACGAGGAGGAUGAGAAUUUCCACGUAAAGCUAAAGCCAUCUAAAAGUGUUCCAGAUUUUAAGCAAAUCGGUUCCAGGAAGUCAGCUGGAUCUCCAGAUUUGCUGGGCACUGAAAAAAAUACUUUUCUUGGUUCAGACUUUACCUUUGGUAAUGACUGGAAUAAAAGUUCUACUGAUUGUUUCUAUACGAUGCCAGCAAGAAGACCGCCUGCACCUCCUGUCCCAUCGAGAGUAACCAGCAACAGAUCCCCUGCAGAUCCUUUCACUUCUUUGGCACCUAAGGUGUCACCAACGCAAGAUUUUACAGAAAGAUAGAUCUUCAAAAAAUAUAAGAGGUUAUAUUUGUUGCUACAUUUAUCCAGUAGAAUAAUUGGGCAUUUGAGAUUAUUCUGUGUGCAAUAAUUACUUGUCAAAUGCACUGAAACUUUACUCGUAAACAGCCACUAUUAUUUGUGUAUAGAUUUUGAAUAUGUAUAUAUGGUAGAGCACAAGAAAUGAUCUGAAGUUUAUUAAAAUCCCAGUGUAAUAGUAUUUGAAUAGAUGGAAAAGAAAGAAGAAUGAGCUACUAAUCUCAGUAAAAUAUACCAAUCUUGGAAAUAGUUUUUGCCUAGGGAGCUCUCUCUGCUCUGUUCCCCUUUGUGGAAUUUCAAAAAAGGGAGCUCCCUGCUGGUAGCCUUCCCACUCCCUUUUUACUGUUUUGUUAAUUGCUAUUUAUAAGUAUUUACCAAAGAGCUGCCAAAGUUUAUUGAGAUUUGAAUGUUGACAAGUAUUGUUUAGAAGUUGUUUAAUUUAUAACAGAAGCUACAGAGAUUUGUAAGGCUUAUAUUUGAAUUUGAGGCACAACAAGAAUAGUUUAAUUUCAAAAUACAAACAAUACUUUGUAUAUUAAUAUAUUCAAUAUUUGACUUUAAUUUUCUGUGUCAGUACAUUUCAGCUGUUAAAUAUUAUUGUGACAUAUAUUCACCAUUUUUAAUUCAGAAUUACUGUUCCAUAUCAUCCAUUUAUUCACUGCUAUUUUUUAAAAUAUUUUUUUUCCACAAAUUGGAAUCAACUAAUAUAAGUUUUCCCUCAAUCUCUGGAAAAAAAUCCCCUUGAAUUUUGAUAAAUUAAGCAGUCUUUUACCAGUUGCAGACAACAUACUGCCAUUAGCUCGUCCCACUCUUCUUUCAUGUGUUGGAAGGGCUUUCUUGUCCUACAGAAGGACCUGGGUGAAGGAACUGGCAGUCAUAUUACAGCAGCAGAAGAGAAAGUCACCUUACAUAUUCGGGCUGUCCUCCCAGCAUCCUUCCUGUCUACUGUUAUCCUUACUGCUGUAUUUUCAAAACUUUGCCUUCAAAGAAGAGAACGUUCUCAGAGCUGAAUGAUAUCAUUCUGUCACUUCUGCAGUUAAACUAAACAAGUGACCCUUCGUCCCCCAGAGACGGUGACCGUCCCACGUUUGGUGCUGCUUUGAGGCUAGCAAAGCCUAAGUCACGGUUCUGCAUAUGAUGCUAUAAAAAGGCAACUCUGUGCUCUUAUGUUUUCUAAAGCUUACAUAACAUUACAUUAAAUCUAAUAUUUUGUUAUCUUGAGGCAAUUUAAAAUAACUGAUAUCCUUAACUCUACUUAGACAUGCUGAAAACCUGCCCUUCUGCCUACAACUCACGCUAUCUUGGCACGUAACUUUUAUAUGCAGUUGUGUACUUCCAUCAAAAGCUGAACAUGGCACAAUGUUGUCAUCUCUGGGGGGACUGCAGACACCUGCCUACUACGCUCAUUGGCUUUACUUGCAAACAAGCCAACUGGUUCUGUAAAACCAGUGACCAAAACUUAACGUAUUAGCAUUAUAUUUAUAGCAGCAAAAUACACAAUGACAGUACUUUUAAAAAAUUCUCAAAUGCUAUUAAAAGAUUAUUUAUAAAAUAGUCCACUUUUUCUUUAACACUGUCUGGUUAGCCAUGAGCUGCAGUUGGAUAGAGGAGUGACUAUAGUGAAUUUUAUAUUGUGCUUUUUUUUCUGUUCAGCUCAUUAAACAGUACUUGUACAUUUUAAACAGCUGUGGUACUUUAAUCUUUGUGCUUCGGUAUGUGGAUUACCUUGUUUUACACUGUUGCUAUAAACAUCUGUGUGAUCAGUGUUUUGGUAUAUUAGCAAAACAUUUUGGGGGGGAGACUUUUUCCUAGUGGGAGUUACGUGAUAAAUAUGUUCUUUGUUGAAUAUUUAAUUACAGUGAUUGAAAACUACUGUCUAAAAUGCACCUGGUAUACAGCACCUCUGCACUAUACAGGAUUACGGAGAUGGACAGCAAAGUACUGCAGAGAUCACAAGAACUGCUCCAAAACUGUAGUGUGUGUAUAUAUAUAUAUUGCUAACCACUGUAACGUGUAUUAACGAAAA